UGUUUGUAAAAAUAUCAUAAAUGUAAUAUAUUCAAAAUUAAUUAAAACUGAAUUAUAAAUUAUCGUUCUGGCACACAUAGUAUAUAUAAGAAACUUGGAUACGUUAUUUAACAAAGAAAUUAUAAAAAUUGUAAUAUGUUACUUUACGAUGGAAUCGUAUUCAUUGUUAUAAAUGUAAUGAAUAUAUCGUUUGAGAAAGAAAGUUCUGACCAAUGAUUCAAUAGGAUAAACAAACUUCAGUGACAUAAAAUGAUGUCUCAUUCAUCGUUCUUGACAUAUUCUUAUACAUAUAGUUGCUUCCAAUGCUUGUGCAGUUGUCGAAUCGUCGAUGUAAUGACAACACGUCUUCGCUUGAAAGCUGUUGAGUGAUAUUGUACUGUACUUAAACAAAACGGCAGAUCACGAAAAAGAGAAAGAAAAGAACAUAGGAAAAGAAUGAAGAUUUCAAAUAUUUUAAUUUUGUCAAUGUACUUGAACAAUAUUGUACGUUGUUAUCAUAGCAUAUAUUUUACUAUGACUUUGUUUCAUGAGUAAAACCUUCAACAUGUUUCAUGCCGUGCUAUUUUCGUACAACUUUCCAUUUAGGUCGCGUGCAUGAAAUACCAUUUACAAUGAAACAACACAAGAUCGAGAACAUGAAAUUUAUAUUUUACGUAACUACGUUAGUAAUCGCGAGUAACGUUAUAUAUGGCGCCCGAUACAAUAAAUUACAAUGUAAAGAUGAAAAAGAUGUAGCGGUGGAUUGGUACGUGCUUUAUAAGUUACCAAAAGUUCAAACAAGUAGUAAUCCCCUGAUUAGAGAAGGAAUUGCUUAUCUGUACAUAACGAAUGCAACUAUUGAAACUGGUUGGCAAGUGUCUUCUAGGCCCAUCGGUUCGAACAAUUCCAUCCCUGGAAUUACAUUAGCGCCGCUUUACAAUCAGGGUAACGAGAAUGAAAACAUAUGGAGUUUAUAUAACGAUAGUCCACCAAAUUCUUCUUAUGUCUGGAGCUUUGGUCACACAAAGGGUGUAGUGAUGGCAAAUAGUGACCAAGGCUUCUGGUUAAUUCACAGCGUUCCAAAUUUCCCUCCAGUUCCUAAAAGUGGUAUGCAAACUCGACGGUUAAAAAGGGAAAAUAUUACUACCGAUGGCAAAUACAGUUAUCCGGUGAGUGGAACGUAUUACGGACAAAGUUUUUUAUGUAUUUCCCUUGGCAGUGAUCAGUUCGAUAUUAUUGGAGAACAAUUAAUGUACAACGAAAUAGCAGUGUAUGCAAAAAAUAUUCCUGAUAUACUUGGUAAACAGUACCCGGUAUUGAAAAAUGCGAUCAAUCAGAAACAUAUCAAAACUCCUCCCUACAAUCAUAAAGCUGUAAUAAAAUCUCUAAGAAUGAUUGAAUUCAUUUCGUUUGCUAAGGAUGGAAGAUGGGGUAAAGAUUUAUACGGAGAUUUUGUAGCGCCACAAUUGCAAUCAGAUUUAUAUGUUCAGUCAUGGUUGAAUGGUCGAGGCAAGUUACCCUCAAUUUGUACCCGUAGAAAAAUUCGUCAAUUAUUCAGAAUCUACAAUGUUAAAAGCUUUGAAUUCGACGUAGCGAAUGUGAAUUUUGCCAGUAGUCAGGACCAUUCAAAAUGGGCUAUUACAAACACCAAAAAGUCCGCUAAUCGCUGGGUUUGCAUUGGUGAUAUCAAUAGAGCCGAUACACAGUAUUCUCGAGGCGGUGGAAUCGUAUGUUUCAAAGAGGCUCGUUUGUGGACUGAUUAUCGUAAUAUUAUAAAUGAAGUAGAGCCUUGUAAUCAUACGUAAAGACUUCAGCAAGAUACAAUGCGUUCAUUUGCCACUUUUUACAUUGAAAAUUACAUACCUUUAAAACAUUAACAGUGGUAACGUUAACGUUAAAUAAAUAAAUAAAAUAAAUAAAUAUAAAUAAAAUUUAUACGAUAACUUGAGAGUUUCAAGGAUAUUUUAUACGAACGAGUCUAUAAAAGAAGAAAAACGGGUAUUACUUUAAAAGCAUGAAUCAUUGGUAUAUAUACACGCGUACAUAUAGAUAGAAGAUUCUGAAAUAACGAUGUUUUAAUCGAUUUUACAUUAUGUCCGUAACGGAUAUUUCGUCGAUAUACAUCGUAAAGUUGUGCGACAACAGUGCGAGGAUACAAAGUAAUAACCGUCAUAUUAACUGCAGUUUACUUGCAAGUGUAUAAAGAAGAGGUCUCGGUGGCUCUCUAUUACUGUGGAAUAAGGACGAACGACGGGGAUCAGAAGCAGUUCUUAAAUUGGAUUUUAUGAAAGGCGGCAGCGACUCUUCCUGCACCGCCUCUAGUUUCGUCUUUCUUUUUCUCAACCGUGCUUAUUGUCUAUCUAAGGAAAUUGCAGAGGAGCUCGACGUGCCGUUAAUGAAAGAAAAAAGAAAGUUGUCGAGGUUUAGUAAGCGGAAGGAGGGAGAAACGAUUUGCUCUUUAAUGAAAAUUCCAAGAAAUCGGCUGAACUUCGGUCCGUUCUUUAUCGGCUGUUUCAAGUUUCUCGAUCACUUUGAUAGACUUUGUUUCAGAGAUUUCUUUACUUUACGGAGAGAAAAAACGGUUGCCCAAAUAUUGCAUCGGCAAGAGUUAUUAUCAUGGCAAUAAAUGCAUGUUGCAUCACGCGGCCUUGACCUAUAAUCCCAUCUUUAAUAUUUCCUUAUGGCGAAUAAAUACAAUGCUCGUAUUGUGAAACGAACGAUACGAAUACGAUCGACGCAGCCUCGUCAAUCACUAGAGAAACGUUAGGACAACAGAAAGAAAAAGAGAAAAGAGAUAAACUGGUUUGGUUGAAAAGGUCGAUGGGUAGAGAAGGUGGAGAGGGUUAAAAUUCGUAGGUGUUCAUCCAGGCGUGAAUCAACCGUUGCAUGCUGCCAGGAGACAAAACAACGGCGAAAACAAGAAGCGAGGGAGUUCGGUAAAGCAUCUGGAAGCGGAUGCUUGGAAAAACAAGCUGGCUGUCGCUGAAAGGGGAUUAAGAGCAGGAACGCAGAGAUUCCUUUAAUACAGAGCUGGCAGCUGGCAGCUGGCAACACUCGGUCAAUUUCUUGAAGUCUACAUUGUCAUACUUAUUCAUUUCUGUGAUUCGAAAAAACAGACUCCGUUACUUUUUACUUUCGAUGUGUGUGUGUGCGUAUGUAUGUGCGUGCGUGGUGCGUGUGUGUGCGCAUACACAUAUGUAUACAUAUAUUCAUCGUCGUUCGAUGUACCGAAAUCGUCAUUUAUUAUAUUUCUUCCGGCUAUCGAUGUACGAAAAGGUUUGUUCGCGGCGCUAAUGCAUAUAGCAGAGAAAAUAUGAUUUAUCGGAAGAAAUUCUUUCGCAAAAGUGAGAUAUUUUGAAAAAAAACGGGAGAUCGUAUACCAAGUUAGUGAAAUAUCAUUGAUAUAUGUGUUUCAUGUCACGUACCGUUGAGUUGGCGUGCUCGAUGGGGCGCAGAUUUCGGUUGAAGUACAUAGCAGUGUCGUAAAAGGCCAUGAAAUUUUGGCGGCUGGAAAGAUGAGAAGACGAUGCUGCGGUGUUCGCAGCGAUAUUUCAGCAUUAAAGGCACCCUGUUCUGCAUACUAAAAUCUUGUGCACCGUCCAAAUAUACGCGCAACGUUAUAUGCACGAAACCAUCGUGUGUCGUGCUCCGCGUGUGUACUUAAGCACGUUAACGGUGCGCAUGCGCCAGCUUCCACCAUCCUUUUUCCUCCGGUUAUCAACAUCCUGCGGCCUUUAUCACCUACCCUAGCUUCGUGUCUAUAGUUUAUGUACAGGUAUGUAUCGUACCGGGUAGCUUUACGUGUGAACUUUAAUAUUGCCUUAUAUCUAUUCAUAUCGUGUGUGAGAGAGAAAUCAUAGUGGCUCCUUUUAGUUGAAAAUGAGACUCUGCCGGCUUUCACUGUCGCGACGAUAUAUCAACUCGACAAUUUUCCCGCAAUCGUGAUGAAUCGUUACGCUUUGGUAAGUAAAAAACACUUGAUAAUCGCUAUCGAUCAACCCGUAACGUCGAAAACUGGGUUAAGUUUUGGUAGACGGUUCUUUCUAAUUCGAUCACUUGAAUCGAACAUAUUUAUAUAUAGGUUAAGAUCGUGAUCGACGUUACACGUGUUUCUAGAUUCACAGAUGGAUAUGCUUAUGUAACAAAGGUAUCUAUAGUUUACUAUUAAUAAAAUGAUAUAAUAAAAUUAAAA